AAAAAAAAAAAAAAAAAAAAAAAACUCGACCGGGGGUUAAGUACCAUGAGGCGGCGAGGAAGCCAAGUCAGUCGUGCAUCAGCCGUCACAGAGACAUCACCAUGCGCGCCUCUCUCGUCCUCCUCGCUGGCGUCGUCCUCCUCGCCCUCCUGUGCGGGGCCGAGGCUCACCGCUGCGAGGAUUGCAGCACCGUCUCCUGCCCGAGCACAGCCGACUGCACCCACGGCACCCAGCUCGAACACUGCGGCUGCUGCGAAGUCUGCCUGAGGGAAGCCGGCGAGAAAUGUGACGGUCACGAGCACAUGGACGGCAUUUGCAUAGGCUCACUGGAAUGCAAAAAGAACGUUUGUGUUUAGGACUACAGCACUGCUGAUCUUUGUAUACAAAUAAAAAAAUGAUGAAGGAUUGGAAAUAUUUCAAUGUUUCACCAACUAAUCAACAUCCUAACGAAUUGGAAACCUUGUUAUCCAUAGAAAAACAAGAUGAAAAAACAUUGCACACUGAAUAACAAGAAAUUCAUUAUAGUUAA